UCAGAGAGAGAGAGAGGGAAAAGAGCGUUGAUCUCCCUCCCUUGCGUGAGUGUGUGAGCGCGUGUGUGAGCGUGUGUGUCUGUGUGUGUGAGUGUUUGUCACAGAUUCAGUAAACGCUGUUUGUGAGUCACUGACUCGCUGUCGGACUCGGAGCUUCCACACAGUUCACAGCCAACAUGGGUUAGGACGCGAGCGACGCACGGAUGAUCCACUUUGUGCACUUCGGCGAGGAUGAUGGGGGGAAAAGAAACGGACUUGUUUUCGCAGAUACAUCCUGACAAAGACGGAGACUGAGAGGGAGUAGAGAGCGAUCUGGACCCGCUGCCUCUCUCCGCGUCUUGCCUCGCUUCAAUUACCCUGUCUUUUUUUUGUUUGUUUUUCCUCUUUUGUUUAUUAUUAUCUUCAUUUCCCCCCCCUCCUGCCGCGUGUGAGUGACACAGAGAUGUUUGCAGAAUUGCUGUGCGGCGCCGUGGCUCUGGUCCUGUAUGUCAACACUCUGGGCGCAGAUUUCUGCUACGAUGACAGCCGUGCAAUCAAGACCAAUCAGGAUCUGCUUCCCGAAACUCCCUGGACAAACGUCUUCUACGAUGACUUCUGGGGCACUUUACUCACGCACAGUGGCAGUCAUAAGUCUUACCGGCCUCUCUGCACCUUCUCCUUCCGCCUCAACUACGCCGUGGGUGGGCUGGAGCCCUGGAGUUACCACAUGGUUAAUGUGGCCUUCCACGGAGCAGUGACAGCCCUGUUUACCUCGCUGGCGCGCCUGCUGCUUGGAGGAGGCCCGUGGAGCCUCCUAGCGGGCCUCCUCUUUGCUUCUCACCCCAUCCACACUGAGGCAGUGGCGGGUGUCGUGGGCCGGGCCGAUGAAGGUGCCGCUCUGUUCUUUUUGCUGUCCCUGCUCUGUUACAUCCAUCAUUGCACGCUGCGGGGCCAUGCUGGGUCCUGGCGGCUCAUGGCGUGGUUCGUGUGCAGCCUGGCCUGCGCUGCCUGCAGCAUGCUGUGGAAGGAGCUCGGAGUCACAGUCCUGGCUGUGUCAGCGCUGUACGACGUCUGCGUUUUCCACAAGCUCAAAUUGCGGCAGGUCGUCAUGCUCUUCUACAAGAGAAAGAACGUCCACUUGCUGCUGAAUGUGUUUUUGUUGGCAGCGUGGGGAGCCGUCCUGUUAGCCUGCCGCUUCUACUGGAUGGGCAACAAACCGCCAAACUUCUCCAAUUCUGACAACCCGGCGGCCGACUCCCCCUCGCUCCUCACCAGAACGCUGACGUUUUUCUACCUACCGGCCGUCAACUUUUGGCUUCUCCUCUGUCCAGAUAUGCUCAGUUUUGACUGGUCAAUGGACGCCCUGCCGCUGAUCAGGAGCCUGACUGAUUGGAGGAACUUUUAUUCAGUCGUCUUCUACCUUGGUCUACUGCUGCUGGCUUGGUUUGGCCUGUGGACGCACCGCGCUGCUAAGAGCAAGGACGCGAACGGCAAAGCGCAUCACUACACUAAUGGCAAAAAUGGAAACAGUAAUGGACACAGUUACCAGUAUAACAAUCAUGAGCAUAUGAACAACUCUCACACAGGCACUCACAGUAGCAGUGCACAAAAUGGUACCAAAAAGCACUUUGAGAUCAGGACUCCACUGCCCACCACAGAAAAUGUUGUGGUGCUUUCUCUGGGCUUGUUGGCCAUCCCAUUCCUCCCUGCUACAAAUCUGUUUUUCUAUGUCGGUUUUGUGAUAGCAGAGAGAGUUCUGUACAUCCCCAGCAUGGGCUUUUGCCUGCUGAUAGCAGUGGGCAUGAGGUCCUUGUACGUUCGCCUGAGGCACCGGUCCUUCAGGACGAUGUUGGUGUAUUGCAGCGCUGCCCUCGUCCUUCUGUUUGGUGUCAAAACUGUUUUGAGGAACCGGGACUGGAAGAAUGAGGAGAUGCUUUACAAGUCAGGGAUUUAUGUGAAUCCUGCGAAAGCAUGGGGCAACCUUGGAAAUGUCCUGAAGAGCCAGGGCAAGAUGGAGGAGGCUGAAGUGGCCUACAGAAAUGCCCUCUAUUAUCGCAGCAACAUGGCUGACAUGCUGUACAACCUUGGUUUGCUGCUACAGGAAAGCAACAAGUUCGCAGAGGCACUCCACUAUUAUAAGCUGGCCAUUGGUAGUCGGCCAACUCUGGCUUCGGCUUACUUGAACACGGGCAUCGUCCUCAUGAACCAGGGUCGCCUCGACGAAGCCAAACGCACUUUUCUUACCUGUGCCGACAUCCCAGAUGAGAACCUGAAGGACCCCCACGCCCACAAGAGCUCGGUCACCAGCUGCUUAUACAACCUGGGCAAGCUGCUCCAUGAGCAGGGACAUCAGGAGGAGGCCCUCUCGGUGUUUAAAGAAGCAAUACAGAAAAUGCCAAGACAAUUUGCACCACAGAGCCUCUACAACAUGAUGGGAGAGGCCUUUGUGAGGCUCAACAUGCUCACGGAAGCUGAACACUGGUACAGAGAGUCUCUGCGAGCCAAGCCCGACCACAUCCCUGCUCACCUCACCUACGGCAAACUCCUCGCGAUGACGGGGCAAAAAACAGAAGCUGAGAGGUACUUCUUGAAAGCCAUCCAACUCGAUCCCUUAAAGGGCAACUGUUACAUGCAUUAUGGUCAGUUUUUGUUGGAAGAGUCGCGGCUGCUGGAAGCGGCCGAGAUGGCAGAGAAAGCUGCACGCCUGGACAGCGGCGAGUUUGAUGUGGUCUUCAGCGCAGCCCAUAUGCUCAGACAAGCCAGUCUAAAUGAGGCGGCCGAGAGGUACUACGGACAAGCGGCGAGCCUGAGACCCAACUAUCCUGCAGCUCUGAUGAACCUGGGAGCGAUCCUCCACCUCAACGGGAAGCUGCAAGAAGCGGAAGCCAAUUACCUCAGAGCGCUCCAGCUGAAACCCGAUGACACCAUCACACAGUCCAACUUGCGAAAGCUGUGGAACAUCAUGGAGAAACAGGGCCUGAGGACCACAAGCCCCUGAGGUCGCCCUGCCUAUAGUACCUGCCAUAAGUACGCCAGACCUGGAGGAAAGGAACAUGUCCUUAUUCACUCGUCCAGGAGAAACAAAGGAGUCUCAGGGAGGAUGUUUGCUCUGAGAGGCUGUGACUGUGCCACACAGUUCCUCCUAAUGACUCCUGAGCUGUGGAUACACCUCAGGCCAGAAGCAUUGCUCACAGUUUGGCCAGCACUACACAGUAUUUGGACUCUUCCGAACUUUCUUUAUAAUAACUGCUCUCACAGGAACCUUGUUUUUUUUUUUUUUAAUUUUGUUUUUUUUCCCUAACCAGAGCACUUGAAAUAGAAAUGACACCAUCACUAAGUCUGUCAACAUUUGUAAUGAAUUAAGUUUCUUAAAUAAGCAGCUAUAGUUCAAAAAUGUGAAAUGUGUCCCAGAAGAGAUGGAGAUAAAUUAGAAACCAUCACAGAGAGAUGUGCUGAGGGCUUUUUCCAUCCCCAGGUUCUCAGUUUGAUCAUAUUAACAAUGAGGGAAAAUAAGUUAAUAUGAAGAACAGGACACCAUCCAAAAUGUUUUAAUAUAAUUUAAGUUUAUUACAGUAAACUCUCAAGUCUGUGCACUUUACCUGUCAAACACUCCAUAGCGCAGACAUAGGAAUUAGCACCUCAUUGUAAACCGUUUGUAGCUGUUGUUUGCUUUUUGUCAUUUGGUGACAACUUGAAAAAUGGGAAUUGAAUUUGUUAGCCAUUGCAGCACAACAAUAGCCUCUAAAAGCUUCACACAGACUGGAUUUUUGCCAAGUACAGUACGUUUUGGCAGGACAACAACAAAUAGCAACAGAAGUGUUACUGUAAUGCCUUUUAACAAAAGGUGUGAAUCUGUUUCCAGCGAUGCACGUGGCAGUUUCAGCACUGCUCGCUUCUCCUUGUAGGUCUCAUUUACAGACGCCAAGGUGGUGACAUUAAGUAGCUAGAAAUGGAAAUUACCAAGCGAUGUCUUCCCAUGGAUGUCACGGAUCACAGUGGGCAGGUGUGAUAGUUUGGGAUACGCCAACACCUGCUUGCUCACGCAAAGAGUCACGUGGCGCUCAAACAGAUGAAGGAGCUCUUCUUACCAAAAACUAAAGCUACGUCAAUGGGCAAACUUUUCAUUGCAUAGCAAUGGACAUAGCAUGCCUGAGGGAAUUGUUUGUAUGUCUAUGUUUGUGUUGGACAUGGACUGUAUAUGAAAUGGACAUCGUUUUCCUGUUAGUAGAAGUAGCAAUAGGUCGGUUUGAAUGGAAGUCUAUGGGAAAACAAACCUUCUUGAUUUAUAAUACAUUUCCUUGAGUACUAAAUAGUCUCAGUCUUCUUCAGGACAUCUUCACUUUUGUAUAGUGUGUUCCCAGCUGGUGUCUUCCAGUAGGUGCUUGGUUAUGAACCUUGAGGCUUCAUUUACAGGAGUUUGUUUUGCGACUGGAAGACCACGUCCCAUUUGAUAUACAGUCUCUGGUGUAUGGAAUAAAACUAAUGUCAUUGUUGUGUUUAUAUAAAUGAAUCCUAAUAUAUAUAUAUAUAUGUAUAUCUGCAUCAUGUGGGUGUGUUCCAUAAAAACCAUGCAGCAAAAAAGUAGCCAGUAGAAGCUCGGACACUGAGCGCGUUUGGUUCUUAACAUCAAGUAUUUUCCCCCCCAAACUGUCAAACCUCUCUUCUCAGUCUUUAGGUCUCAUUUUUGUAGAUAUUCCGUGUAAUUACCAUCACGCUUGUUUGUCGUCGUCAACACACAGUGAAUGGAACGGCACCCUCCUUAGUUUAUGACAUUGUAACUUAGGGCUUUGCGUUACCUCGGCAAGCAAACCAGCUGGCACUGUGUUUUUAUUACAUGAAGGGAGUUUGUGAGGACAUUAUGUUAGUCGAUGUGUUUGUGGUCACACCUGAGAAAAACAGACGUCCAAAUACGGUCACCCAAUAAAGUCGUGUGAUGAAGGAUCAAAUUCAAUAUUUAAGUCACUUUCAGUCAAAAGGGAGUCAGCAUUGUUCUGUUUUUGUUUAAAAAAAAAAAAAGAAAAAAAUCACAGUUCACCCUCAUUCCUACCUCCCCUCUCACGAACCCCUUGUGCUAAUGUCUCCUGUGUAUAUAGAGUGUUCACGAACAAACACUGAUAAUUGUUCUCGCUUGAGUGAAGGUGUAAAAAAAAGAAAAAAAAGGUUCACUCUGUGUCUCUGCUCAGGGAUCUCAAGCAGUGGGUUAUCGCAGAAACUUGUUCACAGAGCGUUUACUAAAUUAAAGAUUUAUUUUUGAAAGAUGUUGUAUUUGUAUAAAUUAUGAAGAUUUGUAGCCUUUUGUCUCCUUUUUCUAAUAUAAAUAUGAAACCGUGUGCCAGGAUACACCCUUUUUCUCUCUAUGUUGCUUUUUUUUCCACAAUAAAUUGAUGGUGUUCUGCUAUUG